AUGAAGUUCCUCCGCCUGUACAGCAGUUUACUCUUCUUGUGUCUACUCCAGACCAUUUCCGUGCAAUGUUUAUCGAGGAGGGACAAUGACGCAGUAAAUGCACCACUGCCUGAUUUAUACGAAGCCUCUAUCCUAGAACUCCAAAAUGGAUUGGACGCUGGUCAGUUUACUAGUGUCGACCUCAUUAAGGCGUACUUUGCUCGCAUCGAAGAAGUCAAUCUUCAAGGACCUGUCCUGCGAGCAGUCAUUGAAACGAACCCAUCGGCACUAGCGCAAGCAGCUGUAUUGGACGCUGAACGGGCAGUCUCUGGUAAACGAAGCUUGUUGCACGGUAUUCCAGUGAUAUUGAAGGAUAAUAUCGCCACAAUCGCCUCUGAGGGGAUGAACACGACAGCUGGAUCGUUUGCUUUGCUUGGAUCUAUUGUCCCGGACGACGCAGGUGUCGUUAAGAAACUUCGGGAAGCAGGCGCUAUCAUUUUGGGCAAAGCAAACCUUUCAGAAUUCGCCGAGUUUCGAGGCAAUCUUCCCUCCGGAUGGUCAGGUCGCGGUGGCCAAACGACGAACGCCUAUUUCCCAAGCGCUGAUCCAUGUGGUUCGUCUUCUGGAUCGGGUGUCACCACUUCCAUUGGAUUAACCACUGUCGCGCUGGGUACUGAGACGGAUGGGAGCAUUACGUGUCCAACAGGUAAUAACAAUUUGGCGGGGGUCAAACCCAGUGUAGGGUUGACUUCUCGUGCUGGAGUCAUACCCAUCUCUGAACAUCAAGACACCGUAGGCCCAAUGGCUAGGUCGAUAACCGAUGUCGCCAUCGUCCUCUCCCUCAUCGCCGGAAAAGAUCCCAAUGACAACUUCACACUCGCUCAACCCCCCAUUGUCCCUGAUUACACGAAAGCUUUGAACCCCAACGCCUUGAUAGGAGCUAGAAUUGGUGUUCCGCGAAAGGUCUUCCUUGAUGGUAGUGACUUGACGGGAAAUGGAUCUGAGUCGGCGAUCGGAUUAGCGUUCGAAAAAGCCUUGGAUGUUAUUAGGGAUCUUGGAGCCACCGUUGUAGAUCCUGCGGAUCUCCCGUCUGCAGAAGAGAUCGCAAGGUCCAAUAAUGAGACGGUCGUGCUGGAUACGGAUUUCAAGAUACAAAUCAAUGCCUGGCUUGAAGGUCUCAUCAGUAUUCCGAGUGGCGUACGCAGUCUAGCCGACCUCAUAGCGUUCGAUAAUGCCAAUCCUUCAUUGGAGGAACCAGUGAAUUUUACGUCACAGUCCGAAUUCAUCGCAUCCGAGGCUACCACCGGAUUCACCGAUGCCUACUUCCAGUCCCUGGCUUUCGAUAAAGAGCUUGGUGGUGCACAAGGUAUUGACGCAGCUCUGGAGAUGUUUGAUCUGGAUGCCCUGGUUCUUCCUGCUCAAGGGUUGACUACGGUCCCUGCCGCUAUCGCAGGAUAUCCCAUCAUUACAGUGCCUCUGGGUUUCUUCCCCUCCAACGUAACUAUUGGUAGCGCAGGUCCAGAAACCGUAUACCCGGCUCCUGGCGUUCCUUUCGGUCUGUCGUUCUUGGGCACAGCGUUUUCAGAAUUCGAUUUGAUUGGGUUUGCAUUUGCGUAUGAGCAAAAGACGAAGACGAGGCUUGAGAGGAGAGCGUUCCCGGCUGCAAUACCAAAGACGCAGUUGAAGGAUAUUCUGGGAUAA